ACGGCACCAUAACGAUCUUUAGAGUCACUGCAGAUAAAACGACAUAUAUAUUUGCUUUUUUGUCAAAUGAUACGUUUUGAAUACUUUUGUAAAGUUCGCGUGUUAAGAUAAGAAAUUCAGUUUUCAUAAACUAAAUACUUAAGCGUACUGUAUGCGAAUGACGUCUGUUUGUAAGGUAACAGGAGUUUACGUUCAAAUCGGCUCAUAACAAAGUAAUUGUGCAAGCUCUUGGGAUGUUUCCUACCGGUGGAUCUUUUCGAGGUUCCAGAGGAGCCUGUUUUGCCAAAGCUCUCAUGAAGAACUUGCCUGUGACGUCAGGACUGAGUGAACCGCACAAACCUCCUCCAGCUCCAUCAGCCUGGAAUGGUCGUAGUACAGAUGUCUCUGACCAGCAAGAGAGAAAUACAUUCAGACAUGCACCUGUAAAGCCAAAGGUCUCGCCUAAAACACUGAUUGACAAAUACAUGCGAGGGGAGACGCACGCCGUGAGUUUGCUCCAUCAGCUCUCCCAGAUUUUACAAUUCCAUCUUGAAAUAAAGGAGACCGUGACCACAGGCAACAUAUCAGGCUUUUAUUUUGCCUUCUGCGUGGUGAUCGAUGGGGUGGAGUACAAGACUGGCAUGGGAAUAAAGAAGAAGGAUGCUCGGCUUAAAGCAGCGCAGCUCGCCCUGCAGGACUUGCUGCCUAAUUUGGAAUGCUUGAAGUCUGCCCUCCCUGAGGCAUCAGAUGUGCCUCCACCCCUGCCAGUAAAAGAGGAGCCUUCCAUCUCUGACAUCCAUCCCUGUAGAGCCAUUCAUGAAAGGAAGAAUUCUGUCAACCUCCCAAUUCUCCAUGCCGUCAGGGAUCAGCUCACUAAACUGAUGAACAGCCAUCUAGAGUUCUCUGCGUGUGCAAGCACCACAGCAGCAUUUAUCAUUCAGACAUCCAGCACAUGUGAGGUGGUCGCUCUUGGCACCGGAAAUUUCAAUAGCAAAGAGAGUGCCUCGUCGAGUGGGCGGACUGUACACGAUUCACAUGCAGUUGUAACUGCAAGAAGAUCUCUUAUGAGGUUUCUGUACCGGCACCUGCUGUUGUUCUUUAGCAAAACUGCCACUCUGACAGAGAAGUCAGUCUUCCAGCAGAACAGCAGCAGUGGCCUCCUCAGCCUGAAGAGCGGCAUCACCCUUCACCUUUAUGUUAAUCAGCUGCCCAAGGGUGCUGCUCAGAUCCCUUCUAAGCUGCGCCUGAACCCACUCUCCAUUUCGGCAUGGCAAGUCAACAAUGAGAUCAGCCUCCACCUGUCAGUGGAAGGAAAGGUGUUCUCAGUUUUCUCGUCACCGUUUGAUCACUGUGCCUCCAAGUUGGUCAGCAUGUCCACCACAGACAAGAUCACUCAGUGGCAGGUGCUAGGAUACCAGGGAGCCUUGCUCAGCCACUUCAUCGAGCCCAUCUAUGUCCAAAGCAUCCUUAUAGGUGAUUCUUGGUGCAGUGACAUCCGAGGCAUGGAGAUCUCUGUGAGCCAACGUGUGGAGGGGAUCACCUCUCUGCUGCCCAUGUUGUAUUGCAUGAUGAGGCCCCACAUCAGCCUGGUGCCUUCUGUGGCAACUAACACCACUGACAGUGGCCAGUUGACCUACGGUAUCAACUGGAGCGAAGGAGACAGCUCCCUCGAAGUUGUGGAUGGUCUGGAGGGCAAGACCACAGAGGAAUCACCCUUCAAGAGUGGUUCUGCUCUGGCAAGUCGUCUGUGCAAAGCAGCAAUGCUGCACCGUUUCAAGUUGGUGGCCAAAGAAGCUCAGAGGCAGGACCUACUCGCCACAAGCUCCUACAGAGAAGCCAAGAGGAUGGCGAAGCCCUACCAGGAGGCCAAGAACGUUCUGAGGGCGUACCUGUUGCAACAGGGUUUUGGUUCCUGGCUGGUCAAGCUUUCGGUCAGUGAUAACUUCAGCAUGUGAAUAAAACCCACAUUAUCUUUUGAAGCGGCUGUGUUCAAAAUUUUAAAACUUAAGUUUGCAAGAAGCACUUGUCAUUAUGGGGAUUCAACAUGCUGGUAAUAAGAAGUCUCUUGUGGUUGCUAAUCCCUGUCCAUGUUGAAAGAGCAGUUCUGAUUUCCAAAUUAAUAAUACAUUUGUAUAAAAAAGUCAUUGAAGAAAAAGCUUGCGUUGCACCCCUCAACAGGCCUUUAUCAGGAUAGCAGUUGUGAUUCCUUUAGUUGAUGUAUUUAUGUAUAACAUAAAUGAUAAGAACUUGCGUUAUUUGAAUUGUGUUAAUGUUAAAAAUAGUAUUUUAUACUAUUGUUUGUAAUGGAAAUUACCAUGACCUCCCUACUUCUGAACUGCGCCUCCAUGGUCAUUGAGAGACUCAAGUAUGACUAGUAAGUUAUGUUGAUUGUUACAUAACAGAGAAAGUUAGUUUGUGUUUUCAUCUCUAAGGAGAAAAUAACAUUUUUUGUCCAUAUUCAGUGGUUUGAUUCUAACUCUUGAUACUGUGCAUGAUUAGAGUCUUAGUGAGCCAUGAUUAACACAAGUAUACAAAUGAAAAAUAAAUCAAUCCAAGCUCAAACUCCUCGGGUACAGUACAUGUCAUUAUAUCCCAGCCACCCAAAAUACAGAAAAUUAGAUUUUAAAAAAAUCUUGUAGAAGCUGUGAUAACAGGACGACAGAUAUUUUGUUAAUCAGAAUGAAAAUAAAAGUUAAAAGUGACAGUGAAAACAGGACUAAGGCACUAAUGUGUUAGGUAGUGAUUACUAGCUGUGACAGCAGGGCAGGUACUGUUUUCACCUUGUGAGUCCGUGUGUGUUAUCAUGGCAAAACAUGGUCCUGGAGACACCUGUGCUGUGUCUCAAAUCAGAUACUUCAGUACAUUGACAUGCAGUACACUUUACACAGUAUAUUCAGUAGACCAGUAAAAGUACCAAUUGAAAAUCAAACACGCCCAUUGUGCACUUAUUGGAAAUGACAUGACUGCGAUUGUCGCCCUUAAAAAUACACUAGAUGUUUUGAGUGAGUGAGUGUUUUGAAUGUUUUACUUUCUUAUGUGUGUUGUGUUUCAAAAAACAUGGAUGGUCCCUUCCCUUCCACUUCGUCGCCAAUUGGCAACCGUUGAGAAUUAGAAUUGUCCAUUAUUUGACACUCGGUUAAAUGCACCAUAUGGGUUUGGAAAAGAGUGGGCAGUUUUUAAUAUUGUAAAAACUCACUGCACAUCGGCUUUGUUCUAUAUAGGCAUCUUUUUUACUUAAUCUCCAACUUACGAUAAGUCCAGGAAGUGAUUUGUUGUCACAGUUCAUGCCGACAGAUUUGGUGAAUUUUGUAAUACAAGCAAGUUCAAAUCCUGUCUUGCUAAACAGCUUGAGUGUACUGUAUGACUGGUGACCUCUAAGAAUAGCAAUAACAGUUUGCUUUUGAUUCUGAAUGGUAGAAGUAAUAAAUGUGUUUGAGCAGAAAGUGAGACUCCUUCAAUAGACUGUUGUAUUAAAAAAGAGAACUAAUGCAUGCUACCUGUGUGAACUAUUAAACAUGCAUCGUGUGCUGGCCAACUUCUGAAGCUGUGUUAUAAAUGUAAUACUGUAUUACUUUGGAAGACAACUUUUAAAAUCUGUUGCUCUCUUCAACUUUACCAGCAUUGGCAAUCAAGAAGUCCUGAUCUUUUUGGAGAAAUUCUCUUGUGUAGUGACCCUUGCUAAUUCACACAUUGCAUUGUUAAAACACAGACUGAAUUAUUUGAAGAUCUGGCUGCUUGUCAGUAGCCUUAAACAUGUUGACGACCCCAUGUUGAUGCAAACUGUUGAUGUGCCUCACUCUAUGCUAUUAUCUAUACACAUACAGGAAAUGCUUUGGUUUCCUGUGUAUGCGAUGCAGCGGAUCAUUUACUCUUAAGUGUUGAGCAGUCUUGUGAAUGGAGUGGUGUGUCUACUUCCUACUGGUUUGCAUAAUAGAAGGAAUUUCCAGUGCAUUCAGGGAACUUGUGUCCGAGGAUCAAGCCUUUUGGUUGUACGUACGGCUCCAGGUUUCGUACUUUAUAUGUUCUUUCUUUUACAUCAUAUGCAGAGCAGAGUGUGACCUCAAAGUGUAAUGCAGUGCACACAGCCCAGGUAGCAUCUUACUCUGUUUAUAGUUUUGUCAGUAUGGCAAUGUAUUCAGAUAACUUUUGCUGGUUGCGUUCUGCACCAGAGUUUAUGUCUGGUGCUGAUGUCUUUGUUUUUUAUUCUACUGAGGAGGCAUGUUUAUCUCCCCGCUCAUUUAAAUGAUGAUGCAGAGGGAAUUUUUUGAGACAGCACAUGGACAAAAGUAGCAUUAGCUCGCUGCAUGUCACACUUAAAGACCAGGUUAUGUUUAGGCACUGAAUGUUAAUUGUCCUCCUUUCUGCUGCAGGCUGUACACUUUGUAAAUAUUUUAUGUUGUAAAUUUAUUUGAUAGAGGGUAAAAAUUGUGAUAAUCAAGAUCACGUAAUUGACAUCUGACCUGUAAGAAGACAGAUCCUUCUUACUGUCCAUUCUUAAGACUUUAUUAGUGCUAUGUUUUGCCUAUGUGCCUAACAUCAGGCAGCAGGUUACUUUUCUGUCAAGUGACACCAACGCAUUGUACUGAACUGAAUGUUCUUUGUGUAAUUAAAUGCUUCCUUUGUACUCACUUUGCUCUGUAAUCUAUAUUACAUCAUUGCUGUCAAUAUUAUUAAAAUUUGUAUUAUUUAUUCAGUUUUUAUGUAGAUGUUACAUA